UCAGUGUACAGCCCCGCCUCUUACAAUACCGAGACAGACAGUCAGUCCAGCAGAAUGGUUGGAGGAGACAUCUGACGAAGCUAAAGCAACUGAGACUGUCUCCGUGGUCUAGUGGAUAGAGCGACUGCCCAGACAGCAGAAGGUCUGUAGUCCGAUCCCCGGCCACAUGCUCGGCAUUAAGGAGCUAAGACAAGAACUGGUUGGCUUGGAAUGGCAGUGCACCGACAAUUGACAGACAACUUCUUGACGUGCAGCAUCUGCAUGGACGUCUUUGAUGACCCCUGUACACUUGUGUGUUAUCACACAUUUUGUCGGAAAUGUGUCAUUAGCUACACUAAAACCAGACCAGAAGCCAUCAGUGCCAAGUCUCUCCUCUGUCCAUUCUGUAGAAAGAUGACCAAAGUAGCCGACUCAAACAGGCCAGUUGAAGAGUGGGCACAGGAGGUGAAACCAAGCUUUUUGAUUCAGGGUCUCUUGGAUUCAUUUAAUCCCAAGACAAAAGAUACCCCGAAGUGCAUCCUAUGUAGUGAUGAAGGAGCGGCACCUCCAGCCACUGCUUGGUGUGCUGACUGUAACAUCAGUCUUUGUGAGGGAUGCCAGAAGGCUCACAGACGUAUUCCUGCCACUCGUCACCAUGACGUAUCUGACCUGUCCACAGAGGUCAAAAUCAACCAAAGACGCAAACCAUUCUGUAAGCAACAUCCAGAUCAAAGCAUGCAGUUCUACUGCAAAGAUUGUAAGAAACUGCAAUGUCAAUCCUGUUGCAUCUUGUAUCACAGAAAGUGUGAGGCAAUUCUACCGUUUGAAUCCGUUAUGCCAGAACUGAUCAGCUGUGUUACAGGAGUUAAGGAAAGACUAGCGUCUCAUUUACAAGCAACAGAGAGUUUGCUAACAGAUUUAGAAACCAAACGGACUGAGGUAAUAAAGAACAGAGUCACCGUUCAGUGUCAGAUCCGAUCCACAAUCCAGACAGUCACAGAAGCCAUAAAGAAGAAGGAACGACAACUCCUGGACCAACUGGAUGACGCCACUGAGAAACAUAUCGAGCGACUGAAAACUGAAAUGAAGUCUGAAGAGAUGGCCAAGCAGAUGAUAAGUCAUCACUCUGUGAUGAUAGACAGAGCUCUGGAGUCUGGAAGUGAAAUGGACAUCUAUGAGAUGUACCUGUGGUGUGAGUCAGAGGAGUUUCCUACAGUAUACGACUCAGAUUCAGAUAUAAAAUAUGAACUGAGAGAGAAAGUAUGUUUUAAGCAUGAUUGUGAAGAGAUCUGUAACAAUAUAAACGAGGUAAGCUUGGGUGAAAUUGAUACCAUAUAUGAAGAUGUGUUUGAUUCUACAUCGACAUCAGUUCUGCACGACACAGUGGACAUACAAACAGAAGAUGAGACAAGUUUACCUCAUGUUUAUGACGUGGCAGUGUUCAAUGAAGGCGGUACAGACACCAUAGUUGUAACUGAUAAUAACAACAAGUGCGUCAAAUCCUUCUACACACGCAAUACUCAACCCUGUCAGAGUAAGCUCUCUGUUCAGAGCCCCCCUCGGCGGAUUGCAAAACUUAAUGCUUAA